ACUUUACACUCCAAGCAGUCGCCGGAAUAAUGAAGGCAGUGGUUUUCUUUUUGCUCUGCUUUUACGCAGAAGUUUCCAGCCAAUGUACAUGGUGGUCAUGGUCGUGCAGAAGAUCUACACAACAACCUACCACAACUCGGAAGCUAACCACAUUGUCAUUUUCGACCACACAGCGCCACAAACAACACGUAAUAAUGUAGAUCAAACAUCGAACGAAAUCUCUCCCGAUACGAGCGACAUAACGACACACGUCAGUUCAUCGAGUUAUAUCCGCAAAGAAACAACCGUUAAGCUCAUUGACAACGUUUCACAGAGGCCCACCUACGCCAUCACGACACCAAUUGUCACAGUCGCAGCCGGUCUUUGCAAAGCUAGUGAUCACCAACAAUAUGAUCCUACAGAAUGCAAGUGUAAUGGUGCACCAAAUACAACUAACGGCAACAUAACCGUUAAGGACAAAAACAAAGCAAAUAUCACCUGCUUUGAGGGCUACAUGCACAAUGGAGUUUCUACUGCCAUCUGCACUUACAUAAACGGAAACUUCAACAUCUGGGAUCCAAGUGUUCUUAACUGUACUGCAACAACCAGAACAACAACAACAAAAACCAGAACAACAACAACAACAACUGCAGCAACAAUAACAACAACAACAACGCCACGACCAUCAGUAACAAUGACGGGAUCGACUAUAAAGCCGUCGUCGACAACAAACAACAUUUCCAAAAUGACCAAGACAACAUCAUUACCAUCGACAUCAUUGACAACCUUGGCUUCAACCGUCACAAAGACAAAUGCAACACAAACACAACAACAACAAUAUUCGAAAGGUUCCUUUCCUACUUCGGGAUCGGCUGGUAUUGCCAUAGCCGUCUUGAUCAUUCUUGUAGCCUUUAUCGUUGGGCUGAUAGUAUUGAGAAAACACAAACAAAGAGGUGAUAAGUUAUUUGGAAAGGCGCAUUCUGAUCAUCUUGGUAAUAACAUUCAUUCAAAUGCAGCGUAUGAUCCUCAUGCACCGUCUGUCGACAACGAAUCAGUGACUUCUAAAGACAGUGGUCUUGGCAAACACGAUGAAUCUGGGGAAGAGGAACUAUUGGAUGGUGAAUACGACACCAUUGUGCUGCACUAUCCUAAUGUAAACCAGCAAAUAGAAAACACUUACAAUCACAUGGACGGGUCUCCUACUGCUGAUUCGACGUAUUCGCACAUUCCAAGCUGUAAAGAUGCGUUGUUUGACAAAACUUACUCUCACAUGGCAAAUGGCAAACCUCUGAAGGCAUUGGAACUCGAAGACACAGAUACAACCUAUAACCACUUGGGCGACUCUUCUUGUAGUAAACAUAAAUACACAAAAGAAGAAACUUACAAUGACACAUACAACCAUACCCAAAUAAAUCCUGGUUGUCCGAAGACAGACCCAGAUGAUCAGGAUGAUAACUAUUCGCAUAUUAACCAGCAAGAAUCAAACGCUGGCAAACAACAAGCUGAUGUGCAGGACUCAACAAACGCAACUACGGUUUAUGAUAAAAUGAAUGAGUUUACGAAGAUCGCUGCAGAACGUACGAAACAGUAUGAUGAGUCUGUCAAUAGUUCUAUGACGAAUGCAGAGGGUGUAAACAACGCUGAAAGUCAUACUUAUUUUGUUUUGGAGUCGAAUGAUAACCAGCGUCCUAAACAAGCACCAUACGACUACGCAGUAGUAGCAAUGCCAGAGAAGGAUCGCACCGAGUUCAAGGUUGUUGACUCCCCAACAGAUCUGACGCACGAGUACUUUAUCAUUGAGCCAGAGUUCAAUGUUGUUGAACCUCCAACUGAUACACCACAUGAGUACUUUGUCAUUGAGCCAACAACAGAGCUGUAACUAACACAUCAAGUAUGAAUGCUACACAAAAAAAGUGCAAUACAAACGAAGAUUUGAACAGUGGACAUACGCAAUAAAAGACAAGUAACACUUCUUCACGGGUUAUCACAAAAAAGCACUUACCAUUACAAUAAAUGGAAUGUAUCGCAUGUGUGAAACAUGACUCUCGUAACUGUUGUGAACUUAUUCUUGAAUAUUUUAACAUUUUUCGAAUUCGUAUUUUAUUGCAUUGUAUAUGAUUUUUAAUUUACCUUAUUUUUUUGCUCUGCUAUUGUGAUAUGGAACGGUGCAGAUAAGGAAAAAACGGACUGGUACUACAUGAAGUGAAUGAAAUGAGAGCUAUUGACACAAAUGACGCGAAAAUUGCCCUCCAGAACAUUGAUUGAUUUUGACAGUAAUAUAUAUACUAUACCAGGUUUACCGCUUUGAAAAGUGGAGAACGAAUAUAAAUAUGAUUAUAAAAGACAGAAUAGACAAUUUUGAUUGGAGCUAAUUGUUUUAUUUGUACAUGUUUAUAUAUAAUAUUGAUGCUACGGCAAAGUUUUUCGUUCGAUUAAUAAUAUAAUGAUUUAUGUUUCUAACAAAUUGUUAUAUACUAAAUUUAUAUUCUACUGCCCUUUUGUGAUAGGCUUCACUAUAUAUUUACUAUAUGUAAAUAAAAUAUAAACAUUUUUUUAAAUAAA